CAAUGCUUGGCAUUUCAGGAAGUUUCUCACUCCAGGUCCUUGAGUGAUACUCACGCUGCUUUCUCCUGCAUGCCUGGCCUCCUGAAGAUGUCCCAGAUUACAGCUCUUUCCCUGUGGAUGCUCAUGGUAGUGCUGCAGCUGGUGCUUGUCCCAUCACAGCUGGCAGGCUGCCUCCUCAAUCCCUGUUUGGAGGUCAUCCCUAACAAAACUUUCAGCUGCAUGGGACUGAACGUCUCUGGAGUUCCUGCUGAAAUCCCAGAUACCACCCAGAACUUGGAUCUCAGUUUCAAUAAUCUGAAAUCACUGGGGUCAAAUUAUUUUUCAUCAGUCCCUGAACUGCAGCUUCUUGAUCUUACAAGAUGCCACCUUCAUACAAUAGAAGAUAACUCCUUUAAGGAUCUUCAGAAACUUUCCACCUUAAUUUUAACUGCCAAUUCCCUCCAGUACUUGGGGACAGCAGCCUUCGAUGGCUUAACAUCUCUGAAAAAACUGGUACUGGUGGAAACCAACAUAGCCUCUCUGACUGACCUACCCAUCGGACACUUGCAUACCCUGCAGGAGCUGAAUUUGGGCCACAACAACAUUGCUUCAUUGAAGCUUCCCAAAUAUUUCAGCAACCUGACCUCUCUCAGGCAUCUGAGCUUUCUUUCUAACAAGAUCACAUAUAUCUCCAAAGGAGACCUGGAUGCCCUGAAGGAAGUGAACAGGCUCAACCUUACACUGGAGCUUUCCUUGAAUAAUAUAAAACACAUACAGCCAGGGUCCUUUGCAAAGAUUCACCUUGGUGAGCUGGGACUAAGAGCCUCUUUUGGGAACUUCAGCGUGAUGCACACUUCUCUUCAAGGCCUGACUGGUUUACAGGUCAACAGGCUAAUUGCUGGAGAAUUCAGUGACAGUAAGAAACUGGUAGACUUUCAGAGAGGACUCUUGAGUGGACUGUGUCAGGUACAAAUGCAAGAAUUUAUCUUAGUGUGUGUAAGGGGAUUUGAGGAUGACACAGACACUCUUUUUAACUGCUUAGGCAACGUCUCCAGUAUUCGCUUGGUGAACCUCCAGCUUGAAAAGAUGUCAGAGGUUCCUAUGUUCUCUCAAGUGAAACAGCUGGAAUGCAAGAAAUGCAAGUUUCAGGAAGUGCCUGCCACGAAGCUCUCUCUUUUCAAGGAGCUGAGAGUGCUUCGUAUUACCAAGAACAAAGACCUCAGUAGCUUCCGACAGAAAUUUGAGAGUCUAAGAAACCUGGAGGUGGUAGAUUUGAGUGAGAAUCACCUCUCCUUCUAUCGCUGCUGUUCCCCUCUGUUUCCUGGAUGUCCAAAUUUGAAAUACUUGAACCUAAGUUACAAUUCUAUCAUCAGAAUUACUGGAGAUUUCACUAAUGUGAAGAAUUUGUUAUAUUUGGACCUUCAGCACACAAAUCUGUUUGGUCCUGGCUCCUACCCUGUCUUCCUAUCCCUUCAGAAACUCAUAUACCUCGAUAUUUCCCAUACCAGAACUCAUGUUAAAUCCCAGUGUACCUUUUGUGGCUUGAACUCUUUGAGAGUGCUCAAGAUGGCAGGCAACUCCUUUGAGAACAACCAACUGGCCAACAACUUCAAAAACCUAAGUCACCUCCACACCUUGGAUAUUUCAAGUUGCAAAUUAGUACAGGUGGAUAAAAAUACAUUUGAUGCCCUCUCUGAACUAAAAGAGCUAAACAUCAGCAACAAUAAACUACUGAGCUUUGAUCCUGUAGUCUACAAGCCGCUGCAAGCGCUCACAGCCCUGGAUCUCAGCAACAACCAGCUGAGCGUUCUGGUGGACUCAGCCCUGGGAAUCCUGCCUGAUAGUCUGGUCCUGUUAGACAUCUCUCAAAACCUGUUUGAAUGCUCUUGCACAAACCUAAACUUUCUGAAAUGGGUAAAGGAAAAGCAGGACCUACUGCAGAACAGGGAAUUGAUGAUAUGCCACACACCUGUAUAUGUGAAGAACAUGAGCCUGUCAAGCUUCGAUCUGCACUCCUGCCAACUCAAAGCAAGUACAGUGGCAUUCUCAGUGAUCGCAUUGCUCGCUGCAGCAGUGUUCCUCUUCCUGAUUUACAAGUACUACUUCCAGCUAUACUACUCAUUGGUGCUGCUCAGUGGGUGUAAACACACUGCAGAAAGGGGUGACACCUAUGAUGCAUUUGUUAUCCACUCCAGCAAAGACCAGGAAUGGGUGAUGAAAGAGCUGGUGGAACCCUUAGAAGGAGGAACACCUCCCUUCCAGCUUUGCCUUUACUACAGGGAUUUCCUACCAGGGGUACCCAUUGUCACCAAUAUCAUCCAAGAAGGUUUUUUGAGUAGCAGAAAUGUCAUUGCAGUCAUCUCUACUGACUUUCUGGAAAGUAAGUGGUGUAGCUUUGAGUUUGACAUUGCCCAGUCCUGGCAGCUUGUUGAAGGAAAAGCUGGAAUUAUCAUGAUUGUACUAGGAGAAGUGAAUAAAACCUUGCUGAGGCAGAGGCUGGGGUUGUCCCGAUAUCUGAGGAGGAACACCUAUCUGGAGUGGACAAACAAGGAAAUCAGCAGACACAUCUUCUGGAGGCAACUGACAGCAGUCCUGUUAGAAGGCAAGAAGUGGAAUCAUGAGGAGGCAAAGCUCAUGUGAAGAAAAAGAGAGAUCACUUCUCUCCUGUCUCCCAUCAUGGCUUGGCUGAUGGCUGGUGUUCAGAAGUUGGUACUUCCGUGGCUGUUCAGAGUUGGAGGAAGUAGAUGAAGGCACUGCAAAAACAGUACAAAAAUACCUGCCUUGCUGGUCACCCUUUCUCAAGGGAACUUGUAAGCUAAGGAGUGUCAGCAGCUGCACACGCCUGAGCCCCGUGUUUGCCUGUAGCUGUCAGCCAAAGCUGGUCCAGCAAUCCACACAGGUCAGGUGGGUUGGUGAACUGAUGGACAGCUCUUACUGUCGUUUACCUGCCUCUGAAACUGUAUUUGGAUCCUGAGGUCAUUUACCCAGUGGAACUUCAGGCUCUGUUUCUUUGAGGGGACCCCAGGAUCUCCAGGGGAGAGCAAAGGUACAGGACUCUUGGGUCUAAAAGUGGUGGGAAACAGAAACAAGAUUUGGAUCCUGAAAGUCUUGGGUCUGCCUCCUUAGGCACCAUGGCUCAGGGAGAAAACCCUGCAGAGGGAAAUGGAGUUCCCUACAGCCACAGACCACCUGGCAGCCACUCAGUGCAGCUGAGCAGUUAUGUCAUCAGUGUGGGGGGAGGUUGUUUUUGGUGGGACAUUUCCUUAACAUGUUUAUUUCAGUUUUCUUUAGACCAAGACAAAAUAUUGAAUCCCCCAAAUAUUGCCACCACCUGGAACUCUUAUUUAUAUCCAGCUAUAUUAUAUAGCAUUUGAAAGAGUGGUUUGAGGUCUUUGCGUGAGAUCCAAAAAUCCGUGGGACCAGAAAGAGCCAUAGAAAUGCUUAACACCUUUAAAAUCAAACUAUUUCUUUGCCUCAACUGUUUUGCCUCAUGCAGUGUUUCUGGAUACACUGUGUGGGACUGCCCUAUACGAGCAAGAUUCAGUCUGAGCAAAGUGUUUUGAUGUUUACAGCCAGCCAGUUCUAGAAUAAGCUUUUCUACUCUCUGGACCAGCCUUAGUUCACGGUUGGAAGUUGCUGUAGGAGCCUUCAGCCCAUGGGUUGAAAUGGGCUUUGGACCUGUUCAGGCUGAGAGUCCCUCUUCCUUCCCACUGUCAGGCUGUGGCAGCCUCUGAUCCUGGUGGGCAUCUCAACACGUGUGGUCAGCCUUUCCCAGGGUCCAGGUGCUACGUGGAACAGGCCAGUCACUGGGUGGGAGAGUUUUGCCUUUUUUCACCGAGAAUGUGCCUGACAUUUUGCAGGGAGGAGAGAUAGAGGAGAAAAGUCUGGGUUAGCUAAACUAAAUGUAUCCCAGCGCUGCCCUGAAUAAAGGGAAGGAAAGUCUAAAUGCCAUUGAAUCAUAUUACUGAGCGCACCCAUCGAUGUGCUGAAUAUUGAAUAGUGCUGGCAUAUUGCUCUCUAUUUAUGAAAGGCUUUGGUUAGGAUUAAUCACUGAAUUACUCUAGUUUUAAACUUGCAAAUCCUUCUAUAAUCAAUGACGUUCUACAGAGGUAAAACAGAAGCAAUUGAGUGGUGAAUCAGAUCUGAUAUUUAUUCAGAGGAAAGGGCCUGAUCCAUUUCACUUUUCUAAGCACCAGUCAGCACCAUCUCCGUGGAAGCCAGUGGUGAGAUCAACAUCAGACACUAUUUGAAAAAGAGAGCAAGCUAGCGCCAGGGCUUGUUCUGGCAAAAGCUGCAUCACAGUUCUCUUGCUGUGUGCUGUGCCAGAUAACACUACCAAUGCCCCCCACCCCCACCCCCAAGCCCUCUCAAAGGCUUUUUGUGCCCUAUGUGAUGAAACUUUCAUAAAACUAAGCUCAAUGCUGCUUUCACUUGCCCAGUGAGUUUGCUUUGCACCUGCCAAGUACUGUUGCAGCAAUUUCCAGAGUGCAGUGCUCCUUACCUGUGCUGUGACUGAGGGUCCAGAGUGCUGUGCUGUGCCAGCAGGGCUGCCUCCUCACCUGGGGAGAGCCUGCUGGGGAUGGGGGGGGUGGGCGGGAGAUGGGGUGCCGUGAACCAGGGCACAGCAUUGUGCUCCCUGGGUUGAGGCCAAAGGAGAGCAUGAAGGCCAAAGCAAAUUUUAGCCUGGAUUUCAAUAGCUACAAGUUAAAUUGGAAAACAAAAGAGGAAAAUCAAAUUAGGUAGGAGUUCCUGCUCCUGAAUCGAGCAGCACUGAACCUGCAUUUCUCCCUCACUCUUUCUCUCUGUGGUUCCUCUACAAACAAUUGGGUGUAUAUGUAUUUCUGGCACAAAGCAGAGUCCUAUGAUUCUUGGUUGUGAUUAUAAUAAUCAGUUUUUAGAAAGCCUGAAAGUGGUUCUGGGCAUUAUAGUACGGGUUUAGGACAGUAUUGUUUAAAAAGCGAGUGUUUGUUGAAUAUCAAAGCAACUUUAGGAGAGCUGGGAUGAUGCUGAGAGGAGGCUCCCACCUGUACAAUUUAAAAAGAAACCAGAUACUUGUUCUUCUCUUCCUAUUCAGAGUCCCCACAGCAAAGAUGGAUAUGUGAGUUGCCCCAGGCCCUCUUACUGCCCAAGAGAAAGCACAAAAACCAUCAUAGCUUCUGGAAGUGAGAGUGAGAUGGUACAAUGAGAAAGAGAGUGGAGGCUGGGGUGUUCAGAAAAAAAGGGGGUUUGGAAGACGUUUGUUCUCUGCAAGCCCCAAAGUCACUCUCAGUCCUGCUUCCCUCCAUGCGUUUAGAGAUUUCACUUGGUCUCAGCAGUAGUUGGUGCUCUGAAAGACACAAGCUGAUUUCUUCUAUUGCUGAGACCUUCAGAGCAGAACCAGGACUUUCUUUUUUUCCCUGAAUGGCCCAGGAGGACAGGCUGCCUGUUGGCAUGAACACCCCUUGAUAGGACCUGGGUGCCAGGCACAGCCACGUGCCAUAAAUGUUGACCUGCCCAGCUGUGAGCUCUGUGGGGUGAGUGGCCCCCAGCCCUCCCCUUUGCACAGCCCAGGAGGUCAGUAACCUGCCCUGGCAGUGCCCGUCUUCUAUAUUCUGUUGUUUAUGAGUCUAGGAAGGAAAGGGCUGUAUCAACAAUUACGUUUUCACCAUUUACCUGGCAGAGAAAAAGUAGAUUUGUUUUUAGAAGACUCAAAACAACUUUCCUCAAUACUAUAAAAGGAGAAAUCAUUGUGCUUCAAACAGAAACACACAUUCCUAUUUGCCUUUGUUACAGGAAGCAAAUUUCCAAAGCAAAACUGAAUGUUCUCAUCUUCAAACAUGCUGGCAUGCACUGUUGUUUGAAAAUGUUCACUGUGCAGCAGGUAGCUUUGAUAUUAUUUACUCAUUUGGGUGAAUAAAUGAGCAGCCAACCAAACA